AUGCAAAUUCCGGCCGAUACGCAAAAGAAACAGAUGACAGUGCUGAGCCCUAUGCAACCAACGAGUAGCACGACUCAUGUAAGCGUCGUUCAGGAAGGGUUUAAGAUGGAAACGUUGGAUUCUGGACAUGCCGGCGGAACUCCAAUUUCACAGCCGCAAUCUCAACAGCGAAUUACUUUGGGAAAUCUUCAUUUCCAACAAGAUCCAAAUGACCCACAGAAAUGGAUUAUUACAAAUGAUUCUGCUGCGACAACACCAAGUCAGCCAUCGAACCAUUCCAACAAUCAGUCAUCCAGAAUGACCGGCGGUGGUGAUUCGCCAAACAUGAUGGCCGGAGAAUACGAAAUGGGGAUUGAUGAUGUAAUUUUUCUUUUAUUUUUCGUGAAAGCUCUUUUUGAGGUCACGGUCUCCGCUAGCUCGUGA